AUGACACCUUGCCACUUCAUAAUUGUACUCCUAUUUCCAUUUCUGGUUGCAUCGGAUGCCCCUUGGGACGAUCCCUCCAGUGAAGACACCACAGCCGAUGAAGAAGCCGUCAUAGAAAAACGCUGGCAGUACGGAUAUGAGCAGUGGCGUAUUCGCUGCGAAAGAUUCGAGGAGGAGGUUAAUCAGACCUCUUUGGUAUCCACUCGAAUCGCUGGCGGGAACUCAGCCGCACGUGGCAUGUUUCCGCAUCAAGUGGGCCUGCUGAUUCAACUUGGUGCUGGAGGACUUAUAAAGUGCGGUGGUUCCCUAAUCACUUCCCAAUUCAUUGCGACCGCAGCCCACUGUUUGAUAGAUGGUAUUGGUGCAAAGAUAUAUUUGGGAGCAACUAGGUUUGCCGAUCCAGAAGAUGCCGCCGAAGAGCUUGUGGUCACCCAUAGAGAUUUUAUCAUCCAUCCCGAUUAUCUCGGGUUUGGUGGAUAUAAUGAUUUGGCACUCAUCCGACUGCCCAGAAGGGUAACUCUUUCAGAAAGAGUGAAAACUAUUGAGAUGGCUGGUGAUUUUAUGCAUCAGAGUUUCCUGGAAGGAAAACUGGUAACCCUCUCGGGAUGGGGCACUCUGGGCGACAUGGAAGGGAAAAAUAAUAGAGAUCUGUAUUACCUGGAUGUGGAGGUGAUAGAUCAGGAACUGUGUAUGUGCUAUUUUUUGCCGGGACUGGUCAGUCAGAGACGUCACCUAUGCACCGAUGGAAGCAGGGGAAGAGGUGCCUGCAACGGGGAUUCGGGUGGACCCCUUGUCCUUCUCUUUCAAAAUACCAGCUACCUGAUUGGGGUCACCUCGUUCGGGAGCGCCGGAGGAUGUGAGCUGGGUGCGCCCACUGUCUACGCCAGGAUAACCGCAUAUUUGCCAUGGAUCCGACAGCAGACUGACCAACUAAAUGCAAUUAACGCCUAAUUGCAGCCCAUUAAUUGCUAAACAAUAUAGUCGGACCAGACAAUAAAACCAAUUUGAGCAGAGGAGUCGAGACGAGAUUCUACCCGAAGGGCAGUGGGUUGGCAAGGUGCAAAUGGCCAUUUUACGAAUGGCAGUAUUGGGGGUUAUUUACCCUUGAAUGGAAAUUGUUGCCGAUAAAUAACAAUAAACGUUGCGCCAUUACAGCUUGACCAAGUCAG